AUGUCUGAUCAUCGCUCUAAAAGGUCGAAAAUCCGUUCCUUCUUCCACCGUGACGGCAGAGACAAGGGAGCCAAACGACCCGACAUCCUCGCAAUCCACGAGUCCCCCACGGGCCGUUCCAGCGUCGAUACCCAAUUAUCGACAGCACCUGCAGGUGAUGAGACUGAUCCAGCGUCCGCCGCCCAGCCAAUCCCCGGGCCUGCCUCUCAGAUCCAAGUAUCGCAGGACCCCCCGGAAAAGCAAGCACACGAACCAUCGAGUCAGUCGAAGCCAUAUGCCGAGAAUGAUGACAUGUGGAGGGAUGCGCUCAACUCCUUGGGAGAGGAGGAGAGAUGCAAGGUGGAUACUUUGCUGAAAGAUUGGGACCACGAUAGUCCCAAAAGGAAAGAUUUGGUAGAGGAGAUCCAAAAGAGAAUGGAUGAGGCAUCGAAUAGCAGACAUCAUGACAGAACGACGGCCAUUGGCAAGCUGUUGCCGGUACUGAACAAGUUUCUUUCCGCCGGUGAUGUCGCUGUCAGCUUCGACCCAACUCAUGCUGCCCUGCCGUGGGCCGCUGUCCGAGUUGUUAUUGUGAUGGCUACCGCACACAACGAACUCAAAGGGGCCAUCCUCACUGCAAUGGCCGAGGUCACCUCGCUUCUCGUACGAUGUGACAUGUACCAGCUACUAUACAUGUCCCCUGAUCUCGCUCUUCGUCCGCUCGAUGACUUUUUGACGAAGCUGAGAGCAUGCAUUGUUCACACGUAUGCUGCGAUGCAGUCAUUCUUUGCUUUCGUGUCCCACCAGCAGAGGAGUAUGAAGAUUUUCGACGUUUUCAAGCUCGAAGAUGCACAAGCUCAUAUGGACAAACUCUCCGGAAGUCAAAGGCAGUUAGUGCAAGCUGCAGACGACUGUGAGAAAUCUUGCAAUCGAUCAAAUCGAUCUGAUCUGAAAGAGCUCCUUGAUCUCUCAUCAGAUAUCCCGAUUAUUCGGCAGCAGGUGGAUCUGGUUUUAGAACGCAUCGACGCCAGGGAAGAGCGCGAUCUUCUUGAAUGGAUCUCGCCUAUACCGUAUGGAACGCAUCAUCGUGUCAGAGUAGAAUCUCGCACUCCUGACACGUGUGACUGGUUAAUCCAGCACAAGAAAUUCUCUGAAUGGAUUGACCACGGGUCGUCGACAAUUUUGUGGCUCCGAGGCUCAAUGGGAGCCGGGAAAACAUAUCUUACCUCGAGAGUUAUCGACCACGUUCGAGGUCUGCUUGAAAGCUCAUCAGACCAUGCAGGCUUCGCGUACUUCUACUGCAAUCGAAAUGAAGAGAAUCGAAGAGAUCCUCUUUGCAUUCUUCAAAGCUAUGUGCGUCAACUCUCGACCCCUGUUGGAGAUAUCCGGCACAUACGGAAAGGGCUCAAGAGCGUCAGCGAUCAAGCAAGACGUCAAGGAUCUCACUUGGGCUUCGAGGGUUGCAAAACCCAACUGACAGAGUCAGUAAAUGAGUAUUCUGAGACCGUGAUCAUUCUCGAUGCCCUGGACGAAUGUGAUCAAGACUCGCGCUGGCAGCUUAUUCAUGUGAUAAAGGACUUGGUAUCCAACUCCAAUCGUCCACUCAAGGUCUUCAUCUCAAGUCGACCACACGACGAAGAUAUAAAAACACAGAUCCCUGGGAAAGGCAUCGAGAUUAAAGCAAUCGACAAUCAAAGUGAUAUUGAGAAGUUUAUCAAUGCCGAAAUGGACAAGCCUAGGAGAUGGGGCCCGAUACCCGCAGACCUGCGGAGCAAAAUCGUCCAGGUUCUUUGUAAACACAGCCAGGGAAUGUUUCAAUGGGCAUCCCUACAGAUCAAACAGGUGCUUGGAUUGUCGACCCGAGCAGAUAUCGAGAUCAAGCUUGGAAAACUUCCCAAAACGCUCGAAGAGGCAUACAGGGAGAUUUACGGGGAGAUUUCAGAAUCUCCACGUAGAAAAGCCCUCGUAGAUCGCGCGUGCAAAUGGGUGAUGAGUGCCUUCGAACCUCUCACCAGCGAUCAGCUUUUGUCCGCAAUUCAGAUUGAUGUUGAUGGGCAUUCCGUCAGCUCUGAUGACCAGCUCAACGAGUCAGAAUUGUUGGAUCGAUGCAGCAACCUACUUGUCAUCGACUCCGAAACCCAUGUUUGGAGGUUAUCCCAUCUAUCGGUAUGGGAAUAUUUCGAAGCAAACAACCAUUGGGGGCUUCUAGAACUUCAUUCACAUGCUGCCAAAGCGUGUCUCAAGCUGCUGACUGAGAUACAUAAGAGCCCAGUCUGUGAAAGCGGCAUGGAAAUUUCUGGGCACAUGCCCAAUAUUGAAACCCCGAACAACUUCGACCUCGGUCAUCCCUUGAAAGACUAUGUGCGAGAUUAUUGGAUGAUUCAUGUGAGAUCCUACGAAUUGCACAUCGCCGAAAAAGCAAAACAAGCGGAACCUUCGUUGGCAGCUGUUUUGAAAGAAUUUCUCGGUUCUCCCAGCAAAAGCAGUCUCCAAUACCGCGCCUGGGUCUCUAGCCUCCCCGGAGCGGGCCUGUCAGGAUUUCAUGAUGAGGCCGACCAGCAGGAUAUCUCUCCAAAGAAUGUUCCAAUCUUCUUAAUGUGUCGCUUCUCGUUCUACAUCCUUUUACAGGACUGGUGGGACAGCGCAGAGAUCAUUGUUUCACAAACAAAUGAUUGGGGAGAUACCACAUUGCAGCUCGCAGCCCAAGCAGGCUGCAAACCUAUAUGUGAAGCUCUAAUAAAGCGAGUGACUGCAACCAACUCCGUGUUGCCGGUACAUUUCUACGAGAGAGCUCUUGCUACUGCCGCUGGUGGAGGAUAUCAAGAGAUUGUCGAGAUCCUGUUUCAGAAUGGGGCUGACGUGAACCUCCCGCUGCCAAAUGACCGUGAUGGGAUCCCCCUUUUUGCUGUGGCUGCUGCUUAUGGGGAAAAUAUGGCGAUUUUUAAGAUCCUGAUUGAAAAUGGAGCUGAUGUGAAUCUCCCUUUGUCAUGCGGUAACUAUGGAAGCGCUCUUGCUGCCGCUUGCUAUCGAGGGAAAAAAGGAAUGGUCGAGAUUCUCAUCAAUAAUGGAGCCGAUGUGAAUCUCCCUUUGUCAUGCGGUAACUAUGGAAGCGCUCUUGCUGCUGCUGCUGGGUGUAAGGGAAAUGCGCAAAUUGUGAUGAUGCUCAUCAACAAUGGAGCCGACGUGAAUCUCCCUUUGUUAUGCGGUAACUAUGGAAGCGCUCUUGCUGCUGCUGCUGCUAGUCAGUAUGGGGGAAAUGCAGAAAAUGUAAUGAUUCUCAUCAACAAUGGAGCCGACGUGAAUCUCCCUUUGUCAUGCGGCGACUAUGGAAGCGCUCUGGUUGCUGCUGUUUGUAAAGGGUCUCUGGCGAGAGUCAAGUUUCUUCUUGAGAAUGGAGCGGACGUGAACCUCACGUUGCCGGGUAAGAAAUACAGGAAUGCACUCGCUGCUGCUCGUUCUCAUGGACAUGAAGAGAUUGAAAGGAUGCUUGUUGCUAAUAGGGUUACCACGGAUCUCAGUUGA